AAAAGACCACUGGUGGACCGUUGAACUUUAUUUGAACCUCCAAGUGGGACAUACAAUUCGUCAAUUGUUUGCAUUCUCACAUUCAUCGCCUUUGAUUGUGAUGACAAUGGUUGAAAUCAGAGUCUCAAUAUCGUUUUCCUUGUGUUUUUCUAUGUCCUAUCAAGUGAAUGGCAAGAAAUCGUCGCUAUUUUUCUUUCACUGACUCUCUUGGCCAUUUGGCUUCUGCUUGGCUCCAAGAACGUAGAACAUUCUCUUGAUGCUCUAGUGGUGAGGCUAUUCUUGGCUUAGUUUGGUCCCAUUUGAUAACGGUGUACUAAGUGCAAUACUUCGUCAUGACGGAAUCCCCAUUCGCAAACUGCGGGGUACCUCGCAGAAGCUAUUUAGAAUAAACCUUGUACUACCAAGAUCUAGCCUCUUGGUCGUUUUUAUUCCAUAGAUAAGUAUAGUAUGGUUUGAUAUCCGUGCCAACUGUGCUAUAUCUAUGUUAUAUAUACAGGACAAAGUUCCCCAGCUUUGGAGGUUCUCCAAGUAAGAAGUUGUAUUCCACAUUUUUGAUAUAGUGUCUAUACAGUUCUUCAGUUCAAUCUUGCCCUGUAUGAUUGUCUAUUCAUUUCGACACAUCCUAUCAUUACUCCAACACACAAUACGUCAUGGCUAAAAUCGACACAAUCGAGCAUGUCUCGGGACAAUCGAACAGACCUCUAAGCAAGCUAGCUCAUUGCUUAACCUAUGAGGAACUGGCACAGGAAUUGACAGUUAACCUUGAGGAUGGGCUUACCACAGCUGAAGCUAAAACUCGUCUCGAAGAGUACGGAAAAAAUGAACUUGAUAACGGACCUGGUGUUCAACCAGUCAAGAUUCUCAUUCAUCAAGUCGCCAAUGCGAUGAUUCUGGUUCGUUUACUCAUUCCCAUUCAGCUUAUAGAUUGUUUCUCAUCAUGUUUGUUUUUAGGUUCUGAUAAUGGCCAUGGCUGUCAGUUUCGGUAUUGGCUCAUACAUCGAAGGUGGUGUCAUCUCGGCAGUCAUAUUUCUCAAUAUUGUGAUUGGCUUUUACAAUGAGUUCAAAGCGGAAAAGACGAUGGAUUCAUUGCGCUCCCUGAGUUCCCCUACGGCACAUGCGGUUAGAGAUGGAAAGAUCCAAGUGGUACCUACUAUUGAAAUUGUUGUUGGUGAUAUGAUUGAAGUCAAGAUGGGUGACACUAUUCCGGGAGAUAUCCGGUACGUUCGCGGUUCUGCCCCCUUCAUUCUUUGUAUAUACUAACAGAUUACAUUCAGAUUAGUUGAAAGUAUGAACUUCGAGGCUGACGAAUCAAUGAUAACCGGUGAAGCGCUGCCAACACCGAAGGAUGCAAAUGGAGUUUUUGAUACCGAAACCCCAACUGGUGAUCGUCGCAAUGUUGCUUUCAGCUCCACUCCUGUUACUAGAGGCCGAGCACGCGGCAUUGUUUAUGCAGUGGGUAUGAAAACAGAAGUCGGAUUGAUUGCCAAGUCUCUCGGACAGAAACCACGCAAAAUUCGAGAGGUCAAGCGUAAUGAAGAUGGUAAAGCAAAGCCGCAUCGAUAUGCUGAGGCUUGGGCACUUACCACGACUGAUUUUGUCGGAAGUUUCCUCGGCACCAAUGUUGGUACUCCGUUGCAACAAAAGUUAUCCCGAUUUGCUUGUGGGCUAUUCGUCGUUGCUGUUAUUUGCGCAAUCAUUGUCUUGGCCGCGAACGGAUUUUCCAAUAACCAAGAAGUUAUUAUUUACGCUGUUGCCACGGGUCUUUCAAUGAUUCCCGCUUCACUGAUAGUGGUCCUAACCAUCACCAUGUCCGCCGGGACUAAGGUAAUGUCAGAAAAAAAUGUGGUUGUACGCAGGACCAACGCUCUCGAAGCAUUAGGCGCAGUUACUGGUAAGAUACCUUUCUAUUGAUAGUAAUGUUCAAUUUUUAACUUUUGCAGAUAUUUGCUCGGAUAAAACUGGAACUCUCACCCAAGGAAAAAUGGUUGCAAAGGAAGUUUGGAUGCCGUCUAGAGGAACCUAUUCUGUUGGACCCUCCAGCAACCCGAUCAAUCCUGAGGAGGGAGAUUUGUCUCACUGCGAGAAAUCUCCAUACCAAAUGGGUAAAGAGGAGAGUGAAGAAAAGACAGAUUCAUUUUCAAACCUUUUACAAGACAAUUAUGACCUUCAAGCAUUACUUAAUAUUGCUUCAAUGGCCAAUCUUGCUCAUAUUCACAAAAGCGAAGAUGGUUGGAAAGCAAGAGGUGAUCCAACCGAGAUCGCAAUUCAGGUCUUUGCCCACAGAUUCCGAUGGGAUAGGGAACGAUGGACGGCCGGGAACUCACCUCAAUGGAAACAACUUGCUGAAUUCCCCUUCGAUUCUAAAGUCAAGAAGAUGUCUGUCAUUUUCAAACAUCGAGAAUCUGGGAAUUCCAUGGUUUUCACAAAGGGUGCGGUUGAGAGGGUGAUUACAUCCUGUCCACUUGUGAGAAUCCGAAAUGGAAACAUUAUCGUAAUGACAGAGGGAAUGCACGAUGAUAUUCUCAGCAACAUGGAAGCUCUUGCCGCUCAGGGUCUACGUGUAUUAGCUCUGGCUGGUAAACCAUGGCAGGGUCCUGCGAAGAUUGAUGUGCUACAAUUCAAGACUGAAGAAGAAAGAAGAGAAGCAGAGGACAAUUUAAGGAUGGAAGUGGAGGAUGAUUUAAUCUUCCAUGGACUCAUUGGCCUUUACGAUCCUCCUCGUAUAGAAUCCGAGGCGUCGGUUCAACAAUGUCAUCAAGCAGGUAUCGCGGUGCACAUGCUUACUGGCGAUCAUCCAGAAACGGCACGUGCCAUCGCCGCCCAGGUUGGCAUUUUACCAAAAGAUACUUCUACCAUAGGAAGAGAUAGUAUGAGUGUGAUGGUUAUGGCAGCAAGCGAAUUCGACAAGCUCAGCGAGAAACAAAUCGACGACCUUCCAAUACUACCUCUAGUUAUCGCACGGUGCUCUCCACAGACCAAAGUUCGCAUGAUUGAAGCUCUACACAGACGGAAGCUCUUUGUUGCUAUGACAGGUGAUGGUGUUAACGACUCUCCUUCAUUAAAGCAAGCAGAUGUCGGUAUCGCAAUGGGCCUGAUGGGAUCUGAUGUAGCCAAGGAUGCAUCAGAUAUCAUUCUCAAAGAUGACAAUUUUGCUUCGAUUCUCAAUGCUGUUGAAGAAGGAAGGCGAAUGUUUGAUAAUAUCCAAAAGUUUAUCUUGCAUUUGUUGGCGCAGAAUAUUGCUCAAGCUUGUACGCUUCUCAUCGGACUCGUCUUUAAAGAUUCUACUGGAAUUUCUGUGUUUCCUUUAACACCUGUGGAGAUUCUAUGGGUCAUUAUGAUUACAUCUGGUAGGUUCUGUCAAACUCAUUGACUAGAUGAUUUGCUAACACAAAUAAAUUAGGUAUGCCAGACAUGGGUCUUGGUUUUGAAGCAGCAGCACCGGAUAUCAUGAAUCGGCCACCUCAAUGUCUCAAAAGAGGUGUAUUCACCAACGAAGUAAUGAUCGAUAUGUUAGUAUACGGUCUUUGGAUGGCAGGCCUCUGUCUCUCUGCCUUCUCCGUCGUUCUCUUCGGUUGGGGAACCGGCGAUCUCGGUUCCGAAUGCAACGAUGGCUAUUCCGCGCAAUGCGAUACUGUCUUCCGAGCUCGCGCCACUACAUUCGUCUGUCUAACCUGGUUUUCUCUCUUCCUCGCCUGGGAAAUGGUUAAUCUCCGGCUAUCUUUAUUCCGCAUGCAACCGGGCAGUAAGAGAUAUUUCACGCAAUGGAUCCACGAUAUUUGGGCCAAUCAAUUUUUAUUCUGGUCUGUGAUUGCCGGUUUCGUGACGGUAUUCCCCACUCUUUACAUUCCUGUCAUUAAUCGAAAAGUGUUCAAGCAUGAGGGCAUUAGUUGGGAAUGGGGCGUGGUGUUUGUAGAAUCCAUGUUAUUUUUCGGGGGAAUAGAAUCCUGGAAGUGGAUUAAGAGGGUUUAUUUUAGACACCAGAAGAAGAAGGGGAGUGGUGUUGCGAGAAAUUUUCAGGAGCUUGAUAAUGGGAAAGCUAUUAUGGACAUUCUGCAGGCGCAGAGUUCUCAUAUUACUAGGAAGGGUUCGAACGUGACCCAGGUGGAUGAGAAGUUUGGGGAUGCUGAGAGUGGUAGUUUUCGUUCUUAGUUUAUGUAUUUUAUUGAAUGGAUGGUUGGAUGGUUGGAUGGUUGGUUUUUAAUAGGAGGGAGUAGGAUACGAUAGGAUAUGAUCGAGGCGUUUGGGUUCAGAUGUCAAGUUAGAAGAUUCAAAAAUCGCCUUCGAGGGCGCAUGGAAAUAGAUAAAGGGGGGGGGUUUAUGUAUGGUUUUUGGACUAUGUAUGGGUGGAAUGGCGGGAUUGGGGAGACGGAGGAUGUAUAUCGACUUGUAUUCUAUGAAUCUAUCAAU